UGGACGGCGGUAACGCGGUUUUACUACAUAUCCCAGAGUGCACUGCGGCGACAGCGUAUUGCGAUGCGAGCGAGAGAGAGAGAGAAGGGAACAUUUAGGGAUUUCGUCUGCAGUGUUUGAGCUGCGCUGUCGCAACAAAAAAAAUAUAUAUAAUAAUGGCCUAGCAGUCCACAGCUAGCUGCUAGUGUUUCCUCGUGAACCUGUGUACCCUUUGGGUGGCGAGACAUCUCACUACAAUCAAUACUCCAGAGCAGCAGCAGCAGAAGCUGCGACCACAGCAACCAUCUCCAUCAGCCCUUCAACCCCCCCAGCAGACUCCAGCAGCGGGAGCAGCAUGGAGGCGUCGUUUGGUCCAACCUUUGCAGCUGUGGCUGCUGGAGCCAAAGGUGCUGAAGGGUCCAGCACCUACAAGCAGCAUAGAAGAACUCCCUCUUCCUCCAGCACUCUAACCUACUCCCCCCGGGACGAUGACGAUGGAAUGCCUCUCAUUGGCACACCUCGGAGGUCCGAUUCAGCCAUCUCCAUCCGAUCCCUUCACUCCGAGUCCAACAUGUCCCUGCGCUCCACGUUUUCUCUGCAUGAAGAGGAGGAGGACAUGGAACCCCAGGUGUUUGCAGAACAGCCGUCAGUAAAACUGUGCUGUCAGCUCUGCUGCAGCGUCUUCAAGGACCCUGUCAUCACCACAUGUGGGCACACCUUCUGCAGACGCUGUGCCUUGACUUCGGACAAGUGCCCAGUGGAUGCGGCUAAGCUAACGGUUGUGGUGAACAACAUCGCAGUGGCUGAGCAGAUAGGAGAGCUGUUUAUCCACUGCAAAUACGGCUGCAGGGCCACAGCCAGUGGCGCGGGAGGGGCCGCAGCCUCCAACAGCACGGUGGCCGGGAAGCCCGGAGCGUUCGAAGUGGACCCACUGGGCUGCCCGUUCACCAUCAAACUGUCCUUACGGAAAGAACAUGAGGCCAGUUGUGACUACAGGCCAGUCCGCUGCCCCAACAACCCCUCCUGCCCACCACUGCUCACCAUGAACCUGGAGGCUCACCUCAAAGAAUGCGAGCACAUCAAAUGUCCACACUCCAAAUAUGGCUGCACGUUCAUCGGUAACCAGGACACUUAUGAAACACAUCUGGAGGUCUGUAAAUUCGAGGGGCUGAAGGAGUUUCUGCAGCAGACCGACGACAGGUUCCACGAGAUGCAGCUGACCCUGUCCCAGAAGGACCAAGACAUCGCUUUCCUGCGCUCCAUGUUGGGCAAACUCUCCGAGAAAUUGGAUCAGCUAGAGAAGAACAUGGAGCUCAAGUUUGACAUGUUGGAUGAGAACCAGAGUAAACUAAGCGAGGACCUGAUGGAAUUUCGUAGAGAUGCCUCCAUGCUUAACGAUGAGUUGUCCCACAUCAACGCCAGGCUCAAUAUGGGAAUUCUGGGCUCGUACGACCCCCAGCAGAUCUUCAAGUGUAAGGGGACAUUUGUCGGCCACCAGGGUCCUGUCUGGUGCCUUUGUGUUUACUCCACUGGAGACCUGCUCUUCUCUGGAUCCUCAGAUAAGACUAUCAAGGUGUGGGACACCUGCACCACCUACAAGUGUCAGAAAACCCUCGAGGGUCAUGAUGGCAUCGUAUUGGCUCUGUGUAUCCAGGGAAACAGGCUAUACAGUGGCUCUGCAGACUGCACCAUCAUUGUGUGGGACAUCCAAACCCUGCAGAAAGUCAAUACAAUCCGUGCCCAUGACAACCCCGUUUGUACACUUGUCUCCUCCCACAACAUGUUGUUCAGCGGCUCCCUCAAGGCCAUUAAGGUGUGGGACAUCGUGGGCACAGAGCUGAAACUGAAGAAGGAACUAACCGGUCUGAAUCACUGGGUGAGAGCACUGGUGGCUUCCCAGAACCACCUGUACAGUGGCUCAUACCAGACCAUCAAGAUCUGGGACAUCCGCUCACUGGAGUGUGUCCACGUCCUGCAGACCAGCGGCGGCAGCGUCUACUCCAUCGCCGUCACGAACCACCACAUCGUCUGUGGCACUUACGAAAACCUCAUCCAUGUGUGGGACAUUGAGUCUAAAGAGCAGGUGCGGACUCUCACGGGUCACGUGGGAACAGUGUACGCUCUUGCUGUCAUCUCCACCCCGGACCAGACCAAAGUGUUCAGCGCCUCCUACGACCGUUCCCUCAGGGUGUGGAGCAUGGACAACAUGAUCUGUACCCAGACGCUGCUGCGACACCAGGGCAGUGUCACAGCGCUGGCCGUCUCCAGGGGACGCCUCUUCUCCGGAGCCGUCGACAGCACAGUCAAGGUGUGGACGUGCUAAACAGAGUCCAGUCGACCUCACACCUCCUUAACCUUUCCACGAUUGUCCUCCAUGGUGAUUCUAACAUCCGCAGACCAACAAUAACCCCCCCAGACGCACUCCGCGAUCAAAGCUGCAUCGGAACUGUUUUAUUAAGUGUUGCUUUUUUCUUUCUUUUUUUUACCUUACAACCAAACACGUCGACGACCUCCCCGAACUUCAGGAUCCUGGGAUCGGCUCCGGGUCAUAUUCCCCGGCGACCUCAGCGACUCGGUGCAUUAUGGGGCAAAACGAAGAUGAGCUGCCUUACAACGCACAGCGCCAAAACUGAAAUUGAAUGAGCGCUGUACUCGCAGCAGGAAGCAGAGAGGAUCGUGGGUGGCGAAGGUAUUUUUUUCCCCUGCCUGCUUCCUGCAGAUGCACCUGCCAUUCAAGAACCGUACUGAGGAUGCCUAAUGUAAACUGUUCAAAUGAGGGUAACGGCUGGUUUCACAAACGCAGAGGGUGCCACACACAGAAAUCCCAGAAUCCACAAGCUCAAAGUUAUGACUUUUAAAAAGGUCAUUUAAAUUGCAACUAGGUUAUUUUUUGCAAAUUAAGCAGCAUCAGUUUUAUGCUGAAAUAAUUGUGAACAGUGCUUUUAUGAGUCAGGCCACGUUGAGCCACACAAAGUCAAUCUCUUCCCACUAACUUCCCUUUAGUGGUCAGAGGUCAAAGGUGCCUAUUUGAAAGGCUAGAGUAACCAUGGCAACACAUGCAGGUCACCAUGUGAUUGUGGGAUUUUCCCUGAUAUAUAUAUAUAUAUAU